AUGGAUAAACGCGCCACGCCAAGGACCACCACGGACCUCGACGCCUCGAGAAAGAGGAGAGAGGAACAGCAGCAGAGGGCCUGGACACCGGCUGAGACCAGGGAGAGGGGCGCUGAGGGCUGUACGACCAAGUCUGACGAGCUGCUCCUGGCCGCUACCGGCCUUCCCGAGGAGACGGCCAACAAAAGGGGCUGCAAAUCGGCCGCGCAAGUGUGGAUGUCUUUAUUGUCCCUGUGCGAUCGGAUGUGCGGCUCCGCCGCGUGGCUCGUCCUCUUCACAUGCCUCCACGGGGAAGGCCGGGGGGAAGUGACAGACAUCAGUGCAAGUCCUGGAAGGCAAGCACCUGCCAACCAGUUGCGCCCCAAGGAACCACCCCCCAUGGUCAUUCAGGGAGACUUCAGAAAGGUGAGUGGAAUCAGCACAGAGAUCUUCAAACAGAUCGAGACCGUCGAGAACGAUCAUGACGCCUCGACAGCAGCGGCCCUCGAAGCUGUCGAGCGAAGGGGUGAGAUGGUCGUUCGGGUCAUCGAGCCACGACAGAUGGGCAGGCAGGCGUCCGAGGCGGCGAAGAAGUUCAUUGCGAUGCAGGAUCCGAAGCACCCGAUCCACUUUGUCGAGAUAAUCAAAAGGCCAGGCCAGACGUUGGGCCUGUACAUACGGGAGGGGAAUGGCGUCGACAGAAACGACGGUGUCUUUAUCUCGAGGAUAGCCCUGGAGACCGCGGUCUACAAUAGCGGUUGCCUGAAGGUCGGGGAUGAGAUCCUGGCGGUGAAUCUGGUCGACGUGACGCACAUGAGCCUGGACGACGUCGUGAUCAUCAUGUCGAUACCCAGGAGACUCGUUUUGGCGACGAGGCACGGCCAACACCAGCCGGUCUCGCACAGUCGCCAGACCGAGCACAAGGCGCCUCCUGUUGUGGUGAUCAAGAGGGAGCUAAAUGAAGAUGAGAGCGACCAUGCAACUAGCAACCACGUCAGAGAUGGCAAUCGUAGACGUGGCGACGGUCGUGAAAUGCUGCCCUCUCGGUCGAGGUUGGGACUGUCGGGUCUAGGCUCGAGUCAGGACCUGGGAUCCAGCAACGGUGAUUUGUACUACAACUCCAGACCCGAGGGACACUGGUCGUAUCAGCCACCCCCGCCACCUGUCAUCACCCAUCAACCGAAACCUUCCGCCACGCAACACUUCCAGCCAUACGAGCGUGGAUACCCGAAAACAUUGGAGAGCUUAGCCGAAAAAGUACACUCGUUCUACACGGGGCCAGUAAUGCCCUCGAAUGGCGGUCGCCGGAUGUCCACGGGCACAGGGAUGCAAUCGGUCGGCAGCAGAUUGUCCAGUCAGACACAGUCGUCGCACUAUGGUUACGGCCAACACACCGGAAGCGGCAGAAUCAUGCCCAGAAGCGGGUCGGAUCAGCAUUUACCUCGCGUUGACUAUACGAGUAUCACCACACCAGCUCGACACACUCUUCUUCGAUCCAGCUUGAAGUCAGGAACAUCUGCGUUGAGGUACAACACCAGAUACGGCAGUCAGGGUGACAGCACUACAGCUACUCAGAGGCAAGGUCAAUUUGGCACGUUGACCAGGAGGCAUCGGCCGUCGUUGGAUUACGCUUCAGACACGGAGGCGACCUGUUCGAGUUCACCCAAAUCGGCGUACUAUUACUACAGGCACAACAUGAACAACCCGCCUCAGAGCAGCGCCGUCUCGCAUCUUGCCACCCUGUCGAGGUCGCAGAUUGGUCAGAGUUCCUCAGGCUUGAGAUCGAAUUCGUUGCCUCGUAGUGGCAGAACGUUGCCCCAGCAACCAGGUCUCAGGUCUGGACUUAGCACGGUAGCAUCUGGGCUAAUAGAUCAGGAAGAUAGUGACGGGGCACUGUCAGCGCCCGAACUACCUUCCAUCAGACGCGAUAGAGGGAGGAUACCAUCGUCACCCAGUGUGUUCACGUCGGACGAGUACCGAGCGUGGCUGAGCCGAACGCCCAGCACCAGCGCGUUGUACGAGCAGAUUAGAGGCAGCACGGCCAGACCACCGCGUUACACUUACAGCGCAGAGAACAUUCACGCAGCUGCGAAUCAAGGCGAAUACGGAAGCUACGGUGCGUACAGGCCGCUGUCCAGCACGUUGGAUCGUUUAUCAACGAGAUCAGCUUCCGCGCAGCAAGUGAAUCUUGCCAAUCUGAGGGCAUCGACAGCGGUCAGCUCGACGUGCCAUCGUGGAACAGCGAACCCAAGACCGGCCUCGGUUGCGUCCAACGCUCGUACGUCCUUGACGAGCCAGAAGCCAUCGUUGAGCAGCUCCGCCGCCACCCAGAGAGCGACGUCGGUGAGAAGGAUCAGAAACCUGCUGGACCUGGAGUCCACGCGAAGCAUACCUACCCCCACGCCUACCCGAACUCAGGAUCAAAGACUGCUAGACAUUAAUCCUGCAGAGUUCCUUAAGUAUAAGAUAGAGAAACCUCCGACUGUGGGAACUCCGAGUUCGACCAGCUCUCUCUUGAGCUCGCUCGGGGAAACCAGCAGUGGUGACCUGGCGGGUGGGGUCAGCGGACUGCUUUGGGUCCAUCUUCUGGCAGGUCGUGGCCUUCGUUCAACGACGUCCUCCUCGGCGGCCACUACGCCCUCCACGCCAUCAGGUCAGCCUAAUUUAGCUAGCUGCGGCUUGAGAGACCUUUACUGCGUGCUGGAGUGCGACAGGGUGCACAAGGCGAGGACGGUGAUGCGAACCGGCGACCUGAUGUUCGACUGGGACGAGACCUUCGAGCUGGAUCUCGUUGGCAACCGGCAGUUAGACUUGCUGGUCUACUCCUGGGAUCCACAGUACAGGCACAAGCUCUGUUACAAAGGGUCUGUGCACCUGGCGACGCUUUUGAAGGAGUCGCCGGUUCAUCAGCUAGCUGUCAAAGUAGAGCCACGUGGCACGAUCUACUUGAGAUUGAGAUACACCGAUGCUCAGCAGACGUUCCGAAGGAGAGGACUUCCAGUCAUAUCUCUGGCUACCAGAGUGGCACCUCUCUUCGGAGUUGAUCUCGACACAGUGGUGAGCCGAGAGAGCAAGACUGGUGGAGUUCCUGGAGGUGUUUCUACCGCACUAGCCAUGGGCGUUCCAAAUGUGCCCAUAAUUGUGUGGCGUUGCGUCGAAGAGGUUGAGAGAAGAGGUCUCGACAUUAUUGGUCUGUACAGGCUCUGUGGAUCAGCUACGAAAAAGAGGAUACUUAGGGAGGCUUUUGAGAGGAACGCUCGUUCAGUGAAUCUGUCCCCUGACAAUGUACCAGAUAUUAACGUCAUUACUGGUGUGCUGAAGGAUUACCUGCGAGAACUUCCAGAACCACUCUUCACGAAGUGCCUCUACCAAAUGAUGGUCGACGCACUGGCCGUUUGUCUGCCGGAUGAUCCGCAAGGCAACGCGAAACUCAUGUUUAGUAUACUUGACUGUUUACCAAAAGUGAACAGGUGUACGUUGAUCUAUUUGCUGGACCAUCUGGCGAUGGUGGUUUCACAGUGUAACAAGAUGUCGCCAGCAAGUUUGGCAGUAUGUUUCGGACCAGUUCUAAUGCUACACUCGGAAGAGAACGGGCCGCCUCUGGAUUUCCAACAACCGAUAGCAGUUCUCAAGUAUCUCCUUGAGAUUUGGCCUGUUAAGUCAGACAGUUCGGAAGAUUUCUUCAGUCGCUUCAACGCUUCCUCGAGUUACGCCAGCAGUCGAGCACAACAACAGUCAUCAAUCGCUGCAGCAGCAUCAGCAGCCGCCGCCGCCGCAGCAGCAGCAGCAAAUUCAGCAACAGGUGCAACAGCAAUUGCAGGGAACAUUGGGACGUACAGGGCUGCCCUGGCAGCCUCCACACUCACUUCAUCAACAGCCCCAAACUACGGCGCCACCCGCAGCCCUCGCGGUCUCCAUUCGUCCUCCACCACCGGUCAAGCCUCGACAGGUCAGUGAUAGUCUCGUCUCCCGGUUCACCUAGCAGCGAGGAGUCGGAAGCCUCGCCGGAACCGAUUAACAAGAGCCUGCUUGGCGGCCUGGGACUCGAAAAGAGCAACGAAGGGGCCACAGCGAACUCGACUGGCCCGGCACAGAUCACGCCGACGAGCAGCGUCGACACCGAGGAGGGAAAUACAACGCAUCCGGAGGAGGGUGAGAAAGGCGUGGAGGGUGAUGCAGAGGCCAGCGAUGACGAUCGACACCAACACGUACCCAAGACGCAUUAG